CGGCCAUUUCCGGUGUGAUGGUGCCCGCCGCGGCGGUGCUGGGCCCGGUGGGGUUUUGGUGUGCGCUCUGCCUCGCCGACUCUGCGUUCAAGUCAUCGCCCAGUCUCAAGGUUUGGUAUGAAGAAUUUCUGACAAAAUUUGGGAUCAGCAUUGCCCCUUUCCACAUACGUUGGCAGUCUACUUUCUUUAAUCGGUUAUUUUUAAAGCUGGGACGAUGGAAGCCUCAGUUUCUGCACAUAUGGUUCAAUCUUGGAAUGGGAUUUGGUGUGGUCUUCAUGUUUAUAUCAAUAAUACUUCUCACCAAAACCCUCUCGCAGACACUGGCACUGAUGUCAGCUGACAGUCCGGCAGCUGAGAACCAACGCAUUCUACAAGUUGUGGUGCCUGGUGUUAACCUGCCUACAAGCCAGCUGGUAUAUUUUUUCAGCGUGAUUCUGCUCAGUGGCAUCAUUCAUGAAAUAGGUCACGGGGUGGCUGCAGUCAGAGAGCAAGUGAGAUUUAAUGGCUUUGGAGUAUUUAUUUUUGUAGUCUAUCCUGGGGCAUUUGUUGACCUCUACACAAACCAUUUGCAGUUAAUAUCCCCAGUCCAACAGCUACGAAUUUUCUGUGCAGGUGUUUGGCACAAUUUCGUCCUGGCGGUAAUGGCUUUACUCGUUCUGUACUUGUUACCACUCUUUCUCUUCCCUUUGUACUAUACUGGAAUUGGGCCGUUAGUCACUGAAGUUGCAGAGAAUUCCCCAGCUCUUGGACCCAGAGGAUUGUUUACAGGUGAUCUGAUUAAACAUGUGGAAAAUUGUUCGGUCUACAGUGUGGAAGAUUGGCACAAGUGCAUCGAAGAAAUCUCUUUGAAACCUCAGACUGGAUACUGCGUUAGUGAAGCAAACCUGCAUCAUCUAAGCUCCGUGAGUCGAGCUUACAAGAGACUCGACGGGACCACCGAAUGUUGUAACAACAACAGCCUUGUGGAUAUUUGCUUUUCUUACCAUGGCAACUUGCAGAUGACCCAGCACGUUUGUCUGGCAGCCAGGAAAGCCAUUGAAUCCAGCCGAGUGUGUCAGCGGAAUGAAGAUUGUCAGAAGGAGUUUGUCCGCAGCCUUUGUGCGAAGCCUUCUGUUGAAAAUCAAACCAGGCUGAUCAGAAUCAAGCACUCAUCUUCCAUGGAUAUGCUGUUUAUAGGACACCCUGUGCAUCUUCAGUAUACAGUGAGCCUUACCAACUACAUGCCUCGCUUUGGUUUCCUGCACUUGGACAUUCCUGGUGUAAUAGAAACGUUUUGCAAAUACCUGCUCUCUUUAUCAGGAGCACUAGCAGUGAUAAAUGCUGUGCCAUGUUUUGCCCUGGAUGGACAGUGGAUGUUGAGUUCAUUCCUAGAGGCCACACUCAGUUCUCUGAUUGUCGAGAAGAGCCACCGAGACCUAAUUGGGUUUUUUAUCUUGCUUUUUGGCAGUGCAUUGCUGGCUUCUAACGUGGUCCUGGGGCUUUGGAUGGUAACGGCUAGGUAGUGUUUUAAACCUAAUCUAAACUAAUUCCCAUGGUGUACACCUUUUAUUCAUACCUCUGUAUUGUACCCUUCCCUACCUCCAAUGUCGAAAAAGAUGAGCACACUCCCAAGAUUUUAAUGAAAACCAAUGGGCUGUGCCCAUGUGAAUGUUGUGCCAACUAUCCUGUGGCACAUGCCUUACUCUCAGGAGUAUGGAAUUGGAAAAGCGAUAGGAAUGCGGUCCUGGCACUAAGGACACCUUCUGUGGUAUUGUGUGGCACUACAAUUGUGCUCAAUGGAAUAGACGUAGAAUAGAUUUGGCAGCUCAAAAAUGGACAUCUGUGAGGUGCUGGGCACCAUCAGCAGCAACAGCAGCAGUAGAAAUGUUUGUCACCACAAUCUAACCUCAUGGCCUGGCACAUUCAUUACUCCACCAUGACAAUCAAUUCUGGUUCAAUGAGACAUGUGGGGACGCACCAGACAUACGCAGGAAUGCCAUGUUAACCUAGCAUAACUGUGACUGGGUCGACAAGUGUGCUUAAAUCAGUGAUUGACAGGGGUAAGCAGUCUCAACAAAUUGAAUCAAAAGUCUGCAGUUCAUUCAGUCGUGGAUGGUGGUGAACACUGAGGAGGAGUAGACAUCUUCCCUUUCUCAGCAAGGGCAGGGCUUGACGCUUUCAGCCAGAAAUGCUGAGUGGGUGAUCCAUCCUCAUGAAGUCCCCACUGUCACAAAAAACAGUCUUCAGCCAGUUUGAUUCACUCCACAUGAUAUAGGGAAGUGGCUGAGCACACUGCAUACAGCAAAGGCGAGAGGAACAACCAACAUCACAGCUGUAGGCUCUAGCCUAGUUACUCCAUGGAAGUGACCACACUGGUACUGUUACUGGUUUGACAAUGUGGAAAAUUGGUCAGGUCUGCCUUGUUCUCAAAAACGUGGGCAAAUUCAGUCCAGCUAAUCAUUGUCCAAUCAGUUUACUGUCACUCAUCAAAUUCAGGGAAGACCUCAUUUUCAGCUGCUAUCACUCAUGAAUCACCGGCUCACCAGUACUCAGUUUGGUUCCCACCAGAACUAUUUGGCCACAGAUCGCAUCAUAGACAUGGUCCACAGAUGGACCAGAGUGAGGUAAAAGUAACUGCCCUUGACAAUGAGGCUGCAUUUGACCGAGUGCAAACUCGAGGAACCAUGUUCAAACUGGCGUCAAUGGGAUUCAAGGAGAUAAUCUCAUUUGAGAAAGUCAUAAUACCAUAUACAUAGGAAGCUAAAUAUUGUUGCUGGAGGUCAACUACCAGUAUAACAUUGCAGGAGUUUCUCAGGGCAGUGUUCUAGGUCCCACCAAGCUCAGCUGCUUCAUCAAUGAUCUUUCUGACAUCAUAAGACAUGUUUAAUGAUUGAUCAGAAGGAGUUAACCAUAGUCACACAGUGUGGAAAAGGCCCUUCGGCCCAACUUGCCCACUAGGUGCCAUCUGCACUAGUUCCACCUGCCUGCGUUUAGCCCAUAUCCUUCUAAACCUAUCCUAUCCAUGUACCU